GCGUCUCCCCCGCCAGAUCGUCAUUCUCGCAGCUCGUUUCGUUUUCGCUCGUCCGACGCCGCUGGUGGCGCUCCAGGCCGCCUGGCGACCUCCCUUUUCGCGCCCGGCAUCCGUCGGAAGUGUUCUCUCUUUCGCUCCAACUGUCGCUAGUGUUUUCUCUUUUGGUUAGCAAGCACCAUCUGACGACGACACUCGAGGUUCUUAGCUAACCUAUACCCGAGGCGAGCCGGUUCAUGAGACGCUUCGUUGUUCGCGUUAGCCUCUUUGCGACGCUUCAAUAGUCGUCGCACGGCGAUGGACGGCCGAGGCGAGUCGCAGCGAGGCAGUCACGCGCCCAGCCGUCGCAGGAGCUUCGACGACAUCGUUCGCGAGCAGGCGACGGCGCCCAGGGCUGCACCUGCUGCCGGCUCCGAUGCCGGCCUGCGACGGCGACAGAUAGGCCGACAGUCGCAGCAAUCGCAACAGCCGUCGCAGCAAUCGCAACAGCCGUCGCAGCAGCAGCAGCAGCCACCGCAGCGUCAACAACAGCCUGCCUCCAAACGACCGGACAGAAAGGGCGGAGAGAAGGGCGAGAAGGGCGGUGAGGGCGGUGCGUUUGAGAGGAGCGAAAGCGGGCGGGGGGGCAAGGGCGGGCGGUGGGGGUGCGUGGACUCGUGCUGCUGGGCCAUGGGCAACGCCUUCUUCCUCUGGUUCCUUCUCAUGGCCGCCUACCACCUCAUGCCACGUCAGCAGAUCCAGGCCAUCCAGGACGCGCUCGUGGGGAUGCCCGAGGUAGAGCCGCCGGGGGAGAGGCUGGCGGGGGAAGGGGUGAAAGCCAAGCACCCCGUGGUGUUCGUUCCGGGGAUAGUCACAGGCGGGUUGGAGCUGUGGGAGGGCCGUCCGUGCGCUGCUGACCUCUUUAGAAAGAGACUGUGGGGAGGAACCUUCGGAGAUGCUUACAGAAGGCCCGGCUGCUGGAUGGAGCACAUGCUGCUGGACAACGAGACGGGGCUGGACCCUCCAGGGAUCAGAGUGCGUCCUGUGUCCGGGCUGGUAGCGGCGGACUACUUCCUGCCAGGGUACUUUGUGUGGGCGGUGAUCAUCGAGCAGCUCGCCAAGAUCGGCUACGACGAGAGGAACCUCUUCAUGGCCGCCUAUGACUGGCGCCUGUCGUUCCAGAACACACAGAAGAGGGAUCAGAUGCUGAGUCGUCUCAAGGCCACCAUCGAGAUGCUCGUGCAGACCAACGGUGGCAGGAAGGCAGUGAUAGUGCCGCACUCCAUGGGCGUGCUCUACUUCCUCUUCUUCAUGAAGUGGGUCGAGGCACCCGCACCGCUGGGAGGAGGAGGGGGGUCGCGAUGGGUGCACGACCACAUCCGAGCAGUCUUCAACAUCGGAGGGCCUCUGCUGGGGGCUCCUAAGGCGUUCACCGGGCUAUUUUCUGCUGAAGCGAAGGACGUGGCUGCUAUCAGGGCUCUAGACCCAGGCUUGUUCGACAGCCUACAGGCUCUGCAGCAUGUGAUGCGCGUGUCGCGCACGUGGGACUCAACCAUGAGCAUGCUGCCCAAGGGGGGCGAGGUCGUGUGGGGCAACGCCACGUGGGCGCCUGAGGACUCCUUUAAUUGCUCCAAGGCACGGAGCAAGCAGCAGCAGCAGCAGCAGCAGCAGCAAGGGGUUGCAGGGAGUGGUAAUGGGUCGCAGCCCGGGGGGGGUGGCAGUCUGAGGGACAGGGUAGCGAAGGGGCUUGGGGUUGAGAGCCUUCUUCCCGCCGUUGUUGCUGAGAAGCCUACUUCCGGUGCUUGGUCCUCCUCUGCUCAUCUCCACGAGGGCGGCAUGUCGAGUGGGAGUGGCAGUGGGGAGGAUGAGGGCAAGCCCAAGAGGAGCCACGACCUUGAAACGAGUCAACGGCGGGCGUGGUUUGGACGAAUGGUGUCCUUCGGUGUAUCCUCAGCCACUCUGUCAGAAUCCCUCGUCUGCCCUUCAGGCGCCAAGGCAGCAGCAAGGGCAGCAGCAGCGACCUGCCCUGCCUCCUCCACCUGCCCGGCCACAUGGGGCGGGCAGCAGUACAUUCUCUCUGACCCCUGCAGCUGUGCUAUGAAGGAUCUGCUGCCUGAUGUAGAUGACGAUUCCAGUGACGAGUCUGCUUAUGAAGGGACGGUGGAUGUGGGAGGAGGGAAGGAGGAAGGAUCUGAGGGGAAGGGGGAAGGAUCUGAGGGGAAGGGGGAAGGAUCUGAGGGGAAGGGGGAAGGAUCUGAGGGGAAGGGGGAAGGAUCUGAGGGGAAGGGGGAAGGAUCUGAGGGGAAGGGGGAGAAGGAAGCGAUGGAAGGGAAGGAAGGGAAGGCGACUGAGAGGGAGAGUCGUAGGGAGCACUGGCAGCGGCGGUUGGAGGAAACGGUCUUCCAGCACUUGCAGUCCCGCAACAAGUCGUGUGGGGACGUGUGGACGGAGUACCACGACAUGAGCUGGCACGCGCUCAAGGACAUCGCAAACUGCCCCUUCUACACCGCGGGGGAUGAGAGCGAUGGGCCGUCGGGGGGCAUUCUGGGGCUGCUGAGGCAGGUGGCGCCCAAGACCAUGGCGCGGGCGGAUGAGAACUGGAGCUAUGGGAUCGCGGAGGACCUGAGUGAGAGCAAGUACCUGCGGGAGCCGAAAUACUGGGCGAAUCCCUUGGAGACCAGCCUGCCCCAUGCGCCGGACAUGGAGAUCUUCUGUGCGUACGGCACAGGGCUGUUGACAGAGCGGGCGUACGUGUACCGCCUGUCGCCCUCCAACGACACCUGCCUCAUCCCCUUCCGCAUCGACACCUCUGCCAAUGGGCCUCCGGGGCAGGCAGGGGACUGCCUGUGGGAGGGAGCCUACUUCACGGAUGGGGACGAAACCGCCCCGGUUCUUUCCAUGGGCCUGCCGUGCGCGAAGCUGUGGCGUGGGCGGACACGCUUCAACCCCUCGGGCUCUCGUGCUUUCCUGCGAGAGUACGAGCACCGGCCCAGCACAGGGCUGCUGGCAGGGAGGAGCACGCAGAGCGGCAGCCAUGUGGACAUCAUGGGGAACUUUGCGCUGAUUGAGGAUAUUCUGCGUGUUGCUGCUGGUGCUACGGGGGCGGAGAUUGGAGGGGAUCAGAUUUAUUCGGAUAUAUUGCAUUGGGCAGAAAGGGUUAAUAUAAAACUACAAUGAUGACAUCGCUUAUUGUUUGAUAUCGUUACUUGUACCUACCUGUCACAUUAUGUUUUAUAUAAUAUGUUUGUGUAGGCUUGGUACAAUUACCGGAUCCUACUGUAGAGGGUACAACACCCUUCUUGUAUGCCUCUCUUCCAGUCCAACC